AUGAGGAUCAUAUUUUCUAAAGAUAACUACAAAUUGUUGACUACGACAUCUUCUAUCACUUCAACGUCGAAAACAACUCAGGGUCCAACUAAUACAGAAGAAGCAUCUACAACGUCAUCUCCUACUAGCAAAAAUGAUAGAACAAUCUCAACGUCUAAGAAGACAACUAAAACCUUAACUAAAACUUUGACAACUGUAUCCUCUUUAACAACUACGAUUACAAAAGCUACAACAACAAUGGCUACAACAAUAACUUCCAAAGGCUCUUCAUUCUUUCUGUUUUUUGUUAUGAUUAUCGUUAUUAUUCUGGCUGUUAUUGGGAUUGGAAUUGUCAUUUACUUCUCCGUCAUUAGGGAGGAGAAAGACGAGGAGGAUGAUGAGGCAGGUGAUGGGACUAAGGGAGAUGUCACAGGAGAGGAUCAAGAGAAGGAAGAUAUCAAAGGAGAAGAUAAUAAUGCCAGCGGAGAAGCACAAAAAAUUGAAGAUGAAGAAGUAAAAGAAGAAAAGAAGGAAGAUGUCAAAGGAGAAGAGCAAAAGAAGGAUGAAGCAGCUGAAGACGAUAAUAAAGCAAAAGAGAAGAUAGAGACAACCGCAAAGACGGUGGAGGAUUCUGCAUCAAUAAAUAAAGGCGAAACCAAAGAAGAACAGGCGAGUGCUGAAGAUAAGAACGAAGAAAAAGUAGAGGAGAAGGAAUAAAAAACUUAGUAAAAAAUUCUUCCUAUUAAUAAA